AUGCGUCCCGGGGCUCCAGGGCCACUGUGGCCACUGCCCUGGGGUGCCCUGGCUUGGGCCGUGGGCUUCGUGGGCUCCGUGAGCUCGGGGGACCCCGCGCCCGGUGGCGGUGGCGUCUGCUGGCUCCAGCAGGGCCGAGAGGCCACCUGCAGCCUGGUGCUGCGGACGGAUGUAAGCCAGGAGGACUGCUGUGCCUCCGGCAGCGUCGACACUGCCUGGUCCAACUUCACCUACCCAGGGAACAAGGUCAGCCUGCUGGGGUUCCUGGGCCUGGUGCACUGCCUGCCCUGCAAAGAUUCGUGCGAGGGCGUGGAGUGCGGCCCGGGCAAGGCGUGCCGCAUGCUCGAGGGCCGCCCGCGCUGCGAGUGCGCCCCAGACUGCACGGGGCUCCCGGCGCACCUGCAGGUCUGCGGCUCAGACGGCGCCACCUAUCGGGACGAGUGCGAGCUGCGUGCCGCGCGCUGUCGAGGCCACCCGGACCUGCGCGUCAUGUACUUAGGCCGUUGCCGCAAGUCGUGCGCGCACGUGGUCUGCCCGCGGCCGCAGUCGUGCGUGGUGGACCAGACUGGCAGCGCCCACUGCGUGGUGUGCCGCUCAGCGCCCUGCCCAGUGCCUUCCAGCCCCGGUCAGGAGCUUUGCGGUAACAACAACGUCACCUACGUCUCCUCGUGCCACCUCCGCCAGGCCACCUGCUUCUUAGGCCGCUCCAUCGGCGUGCGUCACCCAGGCAGCUGCACAGGCACCUCCCAGCCGUCAGAUGCUGAAUCAGACGAGGAGAACUUCGUGUGA